CACCAAGGCCAGAGCACCAGCGAGAAGCCUGGUCCUUACACAGCGACCGAAACUACACAAAAACACCGAGAGAGAUCGGGUUUAAACAGAAACCCGUUCACGAAGCUCGAGGCUUGAGCAGAGUGCUGUGGCCAUGUACGACGGGGCAAGGGUGCCCUCUCCUGAGGCGAGUGCUAACGGUGCCCCAGGUGCCACCACACGCCCCAAUGGCGAUGAAGAACCGGAAGAGGAAGAAGCUGCUCCACCAAAGCCUGUGCUUGUGAAGAAAGCUCGUCGUGAAAUCUUGGACCAUGAGAGAAAGAGACGAGUGGAGCUGAAAUGCAUGGAGCUGCAAGAAAUGAUGGAGGAACAGGGAUACUCAGAAGAAGAGAUCAGGCAGAAGGUCGGGACAUUUCGGCAGAUGUUGAUGGAGAAGGAGGGAGUCAUCACCAGAGAGGGAUCUAAUCCGAGACCACCGGUGACAGUUUUACCCCAUGGUGCUGAAGAGGAUGCAGAGGGCAGUGGGUUCGCUUAUGGCUAUGAGGAAGACUACAACUGGCAUGGAGACUACUAUGAUCGGGAUUCGGUCACCCACGAUGACCAUAGAGCCAAGAGGAAGUCCAGCAGCUCACCUUCUCCUCCACAUAAGAAAAGAAAAAAGAAGAAGGGCAGAAGACACAGUCGGGUUGACAGCUCAUCUCCUACACGGAGAGGAAAAAGGAAGAAGAAUGGCAAGAAGCACAAAAGAGAAAGGUCUACAUCUGGGUCCAGGAGGAAGAGGAGACACAGAUCAGGAACUCCAAAGAGCAAACACAAAGACAAGAGCAAACUGAGAAAGAAAUCUCCAGCAGAGUGUACCAGCAGGAGGCCACAGCGCAGAGGAAGCUGCAGCUCGCGCAGCGCCUCUGUGUCAUCCACAGCCACCAUCUCCAGAUCCCCCAGCAGGUCCAACCUGAAGUACAGAAUGGAGAGACAGAAGAGGUCUAGUCCCAAUGCAUCUCCAUCUCCCGGUCUGGAGAAUGGCCACCACAGCGAGCGAGUUCGCAACGGCAAACACUCCGGACUCAGUCAGCUAGAGGGCGAGAAAAGCAGCGAUAAGCUACGGUCGUUGGCUUCUAUCUCACCGGGUGAAGUGCAGAGGCAGACGUCGCCUAAUGUACGGGAAGCAAAGAGCCACAGCGCCCUAUAUAGGAGCCCUGGACGACAGCAGACACAUGCUCAGAUGGUAGAAGCAGGAAAGGGAGAAGAGAGGCAGCAGCGCGGUGGCAAGCUGUCCUCCGAGACAUCAGGAAAACGAGCAGGACGGAGCUGCCACUCUCCUGCCCAUAGCACUGACUCCCAAACCAAUCUCCAGCCUAAAGCUAAGGGCGCACACGUGAAGAAAGCGAAAGGCUCUCAUACUUCAAAGAGGCACCAUCACGGUAAAACCGUGAACCGACACCGCAGCGUGUCAGCAUCUCCAAAUACACACCGGCGUACUUCAGGCCGCAAAAAGAGCAAAUCGAGCCUACAGCAACGAAGCAGCUCAUGGAGCAGCACUCGCUCUUCUUCACGCUCCAAAUCAAGAGAGCACACGCAAAGCAAGACCAAGUCACCACACACUCGCCAGAACAACUCUAGGGAGAGGGACAGUCCUCACUACUCUGAUGCCGAGAGAGCUCGAAGACGCUCCCGCAGUUAUUCUCCCAUUCGUAAGAGGAGGCGAGACUCACCCAGCUUUAUGGAAGCUCGCAGAAUCACCAGUGCACGCAAGAGGCCGAUACCGUACUACAGGCCUAGUCCAUCUUCCUCCAGUUCUCUGAGCAGCUGCAGUAGCUCCAGCCGAAGCCGAAGCCGGAGUCGGAGCUACGACAGCUACAGCAGCUACAGUCGAAGCAGGAGCAGAAAUCGGAGCAAAAGCAGAAGUAAAAGUCGGAGCAGAGGCAGGAGCAGAAGCAGCAGUCAGUCACGAAGCCCUAGUCAGGCACACAGCUACUACAGUCACAGCAGCUACGAGAGCCCUGGUUUCUGACAAGUGUGGGCUACAGGAACAGACAGAUUAAAGGAGGGAUGGAAAAUCAAAGAAAUGAACAAAUCGACGCUUCAGACCUUUCCUCAUAUUUGUGGUAAACAAGUCAUUAUUAUAGCUAAAAAGGUAUUACCAUAGCCAGGACAGCUGUGGCAACAUAAUGGAAGAUUUCUUCUAUCUUCUAUAAGAAAAGAUGGCAAAACAUCAAAAUUUUCUUGAACCCCAGAAAUUUUUCCUGCACAUCAGAUGAUGAUUAUAUCACACCGAUAAUACAGUUAAUACAAAUCCAAAAUGAACCAACUGAAGAAAAUAAAACACAAAACAAGUUCACAACAAAAAGACACGCAAAGGAUCCUGUCAAACAUCGGUGAGAAAUUCAGGUGUGUACUGAAGUGACGUUACAAACAAAUCAGGAUCGAAUACGGAGACCCAAAGCCGGGAGAACAAAAAGAAGUAAAGCACUUUUAUGGCCUGAAAUUCUUCCAAGUUCAAAAAUAACCAAAAAGGGGUUAGUAGAAGAAGAAGAAGAAGAAGAAGAAGAAGAAGGAGCACCCAGCUGGGAUGAAUGUAAUCCAACAGGGGUCGAAGGCGACUCGAUGGACAGUGAACACAUGCUGUAAUAUUCUUCUCCCCCCUACAGCCCCAAAGACUGACACACAAACAAACCAACAUGAGAACAAACAAAGACUGUAUUACGGAUAUUAACAAUAUUAAUGAUAUUUAUCUCAAGUUUUUUUGCUAGUGGAAAACAGAAUUGUGUGCUUUUCUAAAAAAAAAAUGUAUUAUACGGUACUUACACCGAGAUGUUGACGUGUAAAGGUGUAAACUGCAAGCUCUGGCUGUAAACUAUGCACUGUAUAUCCAAACCUAUACGACAUAAGGCUUUGUAUGUGGAAACGUUAGCAUGAUGCAGCAGAGGAGACUUUCUCACACAAAUACACACACACAUACACAGCUGUAAAUUUCUCUUCUACCCCUCCUUUAUUCUCUGGGUCUUCUUGACCAUUUUCAUAUCAGAUACACCUGUAUGCAGAGAUCUUUUAGAAGUGUAUGAUUACAGUCACUUUCCCACUUUCUUUGGCUGUGGGUACUGCAUACAUGGUUGUAUCACUUUUAGAGCUUUGAAUAAUUUAGCACAUUAGUUCUGUACAGUUAUUAUUAUUAUUAUUAUUAUUAUUAUUAUUAUUAUUGCUGUUGUCAGUUCCUGUCCUUGAAUCCAGGCUGCAAAAAGUCCCACAUGCACAAGUCUUUUGGAUCAUACUGUACAUAUAUAACUAUGUAUUAUUUAUUUACCAAUUUUGUCUUAUUUAUUUGUUAUUUAUUACGUAUUUAUUCCAUGCUUAUUUAUUCAUUCUGAAACAUUUAGAAAAAAAAAAUCUGAUCAAAAAUGAAUCAAGAAAGAAAUGAAUUGGAUCGGAUUUUUAGGAUAAAGUGAAAACGUCCUCCUGUCUGACGUAUAUUUCGGUAAUUACUGAAAUCUGUUACUCCUGUUUUAACCCCAAGCUUUAGUGCAACAAAUUCUCUGUAGUUCCUGACAAAUGAUGAGAUCACCGUUUGUUUGUUUGUUUGUUUGUUUGUUUGUUUGUUUGUUUAUUUAUUUUUAACAUAUUUUGCACAUUACCUUAAUCCAAGAAUCUUUAUCCAACAUUUACCAGCUAAAAUUCAGAUUCAGAUUCAGAUUCCCCAUAAAAACUCUCAUAUUUCUAUCCCUGUUAGACUUUUAGUGAAAUUGACAGAUGAGUUGAUGAUGCAAUCAGGGAAACAUGCGCACAGUCUUCCUUUCCUCUCUUGCUCACACCUUUGUCAGUGUUCUUGUAGUCAUCAUUCAUUCAUGUGGAUCAAUACCCUCUUCAGUAACAAGAAUAUACAGCGCUUAUCA